AUGUCUUUAUUUAACAGCUGCAAAGUGACACUUCAAAAACAACCAAAGGGCCUUUCACAAUGUUUUCCUUUACUCUUUCUUUCUCUUCUCUUUAAACAGCAUUCCUCAUCCUUUCUUACAUUUCUUCUUUCUCACAUUCUUUCUCUUUCUGAUAUGUACUUCUUUCUUCAUUACAUCACUUCUUCUUCACCCUUUUUCUUUCUUGUUUCUUGUCUGGCUUUCUUCGUUAGAUUUCCUUUUUUCUUUACUCUCUUUAUCUCUCUUUUUCAUAUAAACCUUUCUUCAUUAUAUCACCCUUUAUCUCUAUCUUCAUUAUAUUUCUUCUUUCUCACUCUCUUUCUCUUUUACCUUUUCUUAUACUUUUUCAUUACAUCCUUUCUUCCUCAAUCUCUUCCUCUCCCUCUUUCUUCAAAAUCUUUCUUUAUUACAUCUCUCUUUCUCUCUUUGCUAAUGUUUCAUUCUCUUGUUUUAAUUUCUACCCUUUUUAUUUUCUCAUCAUUCCGCUAA